UAAAAUUUUAAACUUUAAUAGUUAAAACUUAAUUAGGUAAGUUAGUAAUUUUUCAGACGGCACUCAAAUUGCGACUCUGCCCCAAUUUAGAGGUCACUUUUGGAGGGUAAAAAUUUUUAAAGAGACAAGUCUUGUUUCCCUCAAAAGUUACUAAUUUAUUCUUAUAUUUGAAUUUAAAAUUUUAAACUCUAAGAAUAUAUAUGGAAAGAUAUAAAAUAUAGUAUUGUUUAAAAAAAAAAAGUAGAUAAUUAUUUUGGCACAGACCAAAAACAAAAACUUCACAUUUCUUUUUUGAGACAAAAGGAGUAAUAAAUAAGGAAUAAAUUAGUAAUUAUGUCCCAAUAAUUGGUUAGAAAUUAACCUCAGCUGGCCGAAAAGUGGUGUGAAGGGGCAAUAUGACAAUAUGCAAUGUUUCUAUAAUUGAGGGCUGAGUUGUUUCAAAAAAUAGUUGAUGCAACAAUGAUAUCGUGUUGUUGUAUUUUUUUGUUUUGGUUUUUUUUUUUUUUUUUUUUUUUUUCUUCCCUCCAAAUUUGAAUAACAAAAUAGGUUGACUUGGAAUGACAACCUUCCUGCUUGAUAUGUCUGACCAAUGAAAGGUCCAAAGUAGUGUUUCUAGAUAUAUACUGUAUAUUUUUUCGGAAUUAGUUCCCUCUCUAGAUAUAUAAUGUGUGCGCCCCUAAUGCAUAUAUUACGUAGAUGAAUUUUCUAUCUGUACUUGUCAUUUACUAUUUCAUGAAUCAGUUAAGGUUGGCGGGAAGACAUUGAAACUCGAUCAUGGGUGGAUUAUCAUCUGUAUGCUGCAUAAUAGCCUUCUGCUUCUUUGCCAUCUUCUUUGGCCGCUUGGAUACAGCUCGAGCGCAAAAUCAAACAACUGCUACUACAGAUCCUUCUGAAGCAAGGGCCUUGAAUUCUAUCUUUCAAAAAUGGAGCCUUUCUGCAUCAACCGAAUGGAACAUAAGUGGAGAACUAUGCAGUGGUGUCACCCUUGACAAAACCACCAUUGACAACCAAAUGUAUAACCCUGUUAUCGUAUGUGACUGCUCUGACAACAAGACUUGCCACAUUACCGGACUGAAAGUUUAUGCAAUUGAUGUUGUUGGUGUAAUCCCGGAUGAGCUAUGGAAUUUGACUUUCCUCACCAAUUUGAAUUUGGGUCAAAAUUAUUUGACAGGUUCCCUGUCUGCCUCUAUUGGAAAUCUAAUUCGAAUGCAGUACCUGACCCUUGGCAUUAAUGCAUUAUCAGGGGAGCUUCCAAAGGAACUUGGGAACCUUACUGAUUUAAGAUCACUGUCUUUUGGGACGAACAACUUCUCUGGCCCUCUGCCAUCUGAGCUUGGGAAUUUAACAAAACUAGAUCAAAUUUACUUUGAUAGCUCUGGAGUUAGUGGUGGGAUACCUUCAACUUUUGCUGCUCUAAAAAACCUGAAAACAGUGUGGGCUUCGGACACAGAACUCUCAGGCAGCAUACCUGAUUUCAUAGGGAAUUGGUCAAGCCUUACUACUUUGAGGUUUGAAGGAAACUCUUUUCAAGGUCCCAUACCAUCAACAUUUUCCAAUUUAGUCAAUUUGACUGACUUGAGAGUAAGUGAUUUAUCCAAUGGGAAUGGGAGCACUUCGCUGGAUUUUAUUAGAAAUAUGAAGUCUCUAACCAUCUUAAUUCUGAGGAAUAACAAUAUCUCUGGUUCUAUUCCAACUAAUAUUGGAGAAUACAGAAGUUUGUUGCAAUUGGAUUUAAGCUUCAAUAAUUUAACCGGAGGAAUUCCACAAUCACUCUUCAAUUCGAGUUCACUCUCUUUCUUGUUUCUUGGAAAUAAUAAAUUAACUGGUUCCCUACCUGCACAAAAGACUUCAACUCUUCUCAAUGUGGAUUUGUCAUACAAUGAAUUAUCUGGGAGCUUUCCGUCUUGGAUCAGCGAACUAGACUUGCAAGUUAAUUUAGUUGCCAACAACUUCACGAUAGACGAUUCAAACAGCAGUGUUCUACCUUCUGGACUGAGAUGUCUUCAACGGAAUUUCCCUUGCAAUCGAGGAUCUCCAAUCUAUUCAGAUUUUGCAAUUAAAUGUGGUGGUCAACAGUUCACUUCUUCUAAUCAAGUUCUGUAUGCGAGGGAUAAUGCGACUCUUGGUCCGGCCACAUAUAACGUGAUUGACACAAAAAGGUGGGCAGUAAGUAAUGUUGGACGCUCUGCCUCUGGAAGCAACCCUGUGUAUACAAUUGACUCAUCAUCCCAAUUCACAAAUACACUGGUUUCCGAGCUAUGGACAGCUCGGAUCUCUGCUGGAUCGCUAAGGUAUUAUGGUUUGGGGCUAGAGAAUGGUAAUUAUAAUGUGAUCCUCCAGUUUGCAGAGAUGGCUAUCCUAGGUUCUGCAACUUGGAGGGGUCUUGGGAGACGUGUUUUUGAUAUAUAUAUUCAGGGGAAUCAGGUUGAGAAAAAUUUUGACAUACGAAAAGAGGCAGGUGGGGUUUCUUUAGAAUAUGUUCUGAAGAAUUAUACGGCUCAGGUAUCAGAGAACUACCUUGAUAUCCAUCUCUUCUGGGCUGGAAAAGGGACUUGCUGUGUACCUACUCAAGGUACAUAUGGUCCGUCCAUUUCAGCAAUCAGCGCCUCCCCAGACUUCAAUCCCACUGUUAACAAUAUCCCUCCAACCACUGGUGGCAAGAAAGAGAACAGGACUGGUUUGAUUGUAGGGAUCGUUGUGGCUGUUGGAGUUGUGAGCUUUCUGUCUAUAUUUGCGGUGUACUAUUUCGUUCAAAGAAGAAAACAGCCGUGCAACAACGAAGAUGAAGUGCUUCUAGGAAUAGAUGCUAGACCACACACAUUCAGUUAUGCAGAACUGAGGGCUGCAACAGAAGAUUUUAGUCCUGAUAAUAAGCUUGGAGAGGGUGGAUUCGGACCAGUUUAUAAGGGAACACUCAAUGAUGGGAGACUGGUUGCUGCGAAACAACUGUCUGUAUCAUCCCACCAAGGGAAAAGUCAGUUUGUAACAGAGAUUGCUACAAUAUCUGCUGUACAACACCGUAAUCUUGUAAAAUUGUAUGGAUGUUGCAUUGAGGGAGAUAAAAGACUUCUUGUUUAUGAGUAUCUUGAAAACAGGAGUCUUGAUCAAGCCUUAUUUGGAAAGAGAAGUCUGAAUCUUGAUUGGCCAACCCGUUUUGAUAUAUGCUUGGGAGUAGCAAGGGGUCUAGCUUAUCUUCAUGAGGAAUCACAGCCUCGAAUAGUUCACAGGGACAUGAAGGCCAGUAAUAUUCUGCUUGACUCUGAUCUCAAUCCCAAAAUUUCCGAUUUCGGUUUGGCCAAACUUUAUGAUGACAAAAAGACCCACAUUAGCACUCGUGUUGUUGGAACAAUUGGAUAUCUUGCACCGGAAUAUGCCAUGCAUGGGCACCUUACAGAAAAGGCUGAUGUGUUUGGCUUUGGCGUUGUAGCUCUAGAGAUUGUUAGUGGAAGGCCAAAUUCUGACACAAGCUUGGAAGAAGAAAAGACAUAUCUACUUGGAUGGACAUGGCACCUACAUGAGAACAAACGUGAAACUGAGCUGGUGGAUCCCAAUUUAUCUGAAUUCAACGAGGAAGAAGUAAAACGAGUCGUUGGUAUAGGUCUUUUGUGCACUCAAACAUCACCGCUGCUGCGCCCAUGCAUGUCACGUGUAAUGGCAAUGCUUUCAGGAGAUGUUGAAGUAAGUGCUGCAACUACACAGCCGGGAUACCUGACUGACAGGAAAUUUAUUGAUACAUCCAGUUUUAUAAGCAGUGAUAUUUCUGCAGUUGCAAUAAAUGAUAAUACCCACUACAUCUCAUCAUCAGGCACAAGCAUGAUGGCUGAUGCAGACUGCUCACCAGGGACUGGGACUUCACCCAUCCUUCAUGAUUUCAUCAGAAGUAAUUGAGAAUUGUGUUUCUCUUUAAAAAAAAAAAAAACAGAUAUGUAUUAUGUGCGAGCACACAACAUUAUAUUCUUGAUUUGUAAAAUGAUUCUUGCCCCUUUCGAACCUUAAAUUCUCUAGUUCCUUACCUCAGUUAUAUGUAUUGGAUUUUGGUCAAUGUUAAUAUGGAAUGAUUGAUUUCAUGACAA